UUGGCUUUUUGUCAAGGAGUUAGUAACGUUCCAUGAUGUGACUGUGGCCUUCACCCAGGAAGAGUGGUGCAUGUUGGACCUUUCUCAGAAAAAGCUGUACAGGGACGUCAUGCUGGAAAAUGUGCAGAAUCUGCUCUCUGUGGGGCUGCCAGUUCCCACCGAUUUGAUAUCCAGUUGUCAGCAGGAGGAAGCACCAUGGUUAGAAGAAACAGUCACAGGGAGCUUCUGUCCAGAUGCAGAGACCAGUUUUGAAGGGAAGGAAAUAUCUACAAAGCUGAGCCUUGUAAAAGGAUCUCGUAAGCAAAGAUUUAUGAAUGAGAAUCCCUAUGACUUCAUUUUGAGAGAAAGCCGUGACUCUAAUAUCAAGAUCUACUUCCUGUCUAUAUGGUGCUACCCUAGUAUGUACUGGCUAGGAGUAAAGAGAGAACUGAAAUCCGCAUGUCCCUGGAACCAUUGUCAAGACAUGACUACUGAAAAGAAAGACAGUUUAUCAAAAUCCUGACAUUAUAUGACACAUGGAAACAUGCUCUAUAGUAUUCAUAA